CGCUUUCAAAUGGUCUAACAGAAUGUUGUUUUACGAACCGAAUGCAGAUGACCGAAUGCAUACAACCCACAUAACAAGCAAAAUACAGGCGCAUCAUGGUUCAAUCUGCAGGAGUUCCACAGCUUUCAGAUAAUCAGGCUCCGCCAGGGAGACCCAGCUCGGCUACAGAGACAGAAGUGGAUCUGAUUCACAAUACCCAGGCACCACCACCACCCAAGGAAAGUGGCCCAAAUAAGAGGAGGAAGGCGAGAGUGAGGGGAAACAGCACCAGGCCCAAGAAGAGAAUGACGGACAGCAGGGGUGUUAGCGAUAGACCACUAGUGGAGAAGCAGGGGGUGUGUGAUGAGGGAAGCCCCUUACCUCCACUCCUUCGUAUCUCUUUAAAAAGCCUGUUGGCGGCUGAGAUGAAGCUAGUGUAUGGUGACGAGCAGCACAACAUUACCCAGCAGCCCUCCAAGUCCCCAGUCACCUCCUCGGCUUCACAAUUUAUGUGUCAAGCCUCUGAAAUAGUAGGCCCUCCAAGUGGACCUAAUCUCGGCUUUCUGCCUCAAAUUGACAAAUGGCUGGAUGUAGCCUUACAGGAUGCCGACUCAUACUACCAACAGAAGAAAUAUGGGAUCGCAGCCAGUCGUUUUACCACAGCUCUGGAGCUGUGUUCAAAAGGCGCUGCAGUUGAACAAUCUUUGCAUGCGGUGUAUGAAGACAUUUCUAAGGUUGCCAGUUUGAUUGAGUCCAGACUUGUUGCCUGUUACCUGAGACUGAAGAGACCGAAGAUAGCCCUCAACCACUCCCACAGAGCCAUCCAGCUAAACCCCAUCUAUUUCCGCCACCAUCUGCGCCAGGCCAUGGUGUAUCGACUGCUGGGGAACCCAUGUGCCGCAGCGAGGAGUGCCAUGAUUGCUGACUGGGUGUACUGGCUGUCUGGGGGCUCAGAUGAACACAUAAGCAAGCUCAUCAAACUGUAUUGGCAGGCUCUGUUGGACGAGGCGAUCACCAUGGAGGAUGGUUUCUCUGUCAUGUACACCCCGUGCUCUGCUGGGGACUCCGUGGGGGAUUGCAUCGCCAAGGCUGAGGAGACCUUCAGGAAACAGCACACUGCGUUCACAGACUACCUGUUCACAGACCCCAGUGGAGGUCACCUGCUGCCCCAGACCACAGACUGGAGCAAUCCCCCGUCCACCCAGCAGAAAUACGUCCUCACCCUGGGCUUCAGGAGGGGACAGGACGGCAGCUUCCUCAGCAAACUCACCAGCAGGACCUGCCCCUCUUUUACAGGACCCAGAGCCUCAUUCAGCUCCAGUAGCCCAGAGGACAUGGAGCGGGUGUGUGACACGUUCAGCAGGAGGAUCCUACCAGUCUUAGAUUUUAUUAAGUGCACCAAACUAGCUGUGGGGCCGAGUGAAAAGAGAGAGAAGGGGGGGUGGUUUACAAGUUUUAUUCUUCACAUGUUUCCUUGUUUCUCACAUGCUGUGUUUGUUCCAAGACAACAGGCAGGUUUUUCCCCAGGGUCUGGGCUUGUGGAGAGGCUGCAGUAUGCUGGCUACCUGGGACAGAUCCAACGGAGCAGGGAGCAGACCGUCAUCCUCCACCAGGCGCUGGCUGAGCUCGCUGUCGCCCCCUACCUGCAGGACCUCAGCCACGCAGAUACCUCACUGCUGCAGGCUCUAAUGGCAGACACCAUGGACACCCUUGAAGGAAGGCGGACUGAUAGAGAACGUGUGUGGAAUGAAAUGCAAAAGGUGGGGAUGUUGGAGGAUCUGUUGUUCCAACUGGAGGAGACCUAUCUGAAGAACAAGGCUCAGAGGGCCAGUAGGAAGCAGAGGGUCGGGGUCCAGGGGGCGGAGGGGAAAGCCAGAGGAAGACCCAAAGCAGGGGUCAAAAUAGGGGCCAAAGGAGGGGGUACAGUGGUGACGGACAAGGCCAAAGUCCAUCCCACUGAAACCCAGCAGGAGACAGCAGUAGCACCAAUGACCUUACCAGAUCCAUGAUCUGCAGGCCAGGACAGUGGAGGCCCGAAGUCGUCCUCAUCCUCAAAAUGAAUGGACACCCUCCUCUUCCCUCUCACAAAGCCUCAUCUUCAGUCCCAGCAUCUUUCACAGCAUUACUCUAGGCUGGCAGAAAUAAAUGGACUCUGCAGCCUUGCUUUCACUCUGAUUCAGGGUCUGUUUUUAACACUCCUCCUUGUUGACUCGUUAAGAUAGCGUCUCUAGCCCCACCUCUAGAUGAAAGACCUCGCUGAUUCAAACGUGUGGGACUGUUCAAUGUAUACACAAGGAGAUGUUUUCAUGUUUAAACUCGCUAAUUUAUGAUUGUUCAUGCAAGUUGUAAUAUGACAGAUGGUUUGUAAACACAAACAAAUCCAUAUGGUGCAGUAGCAUGAUCAUAAUGAUGUAUGCAUUCCCAUUAUGGGAUUCACAGCAAAUCCGGCUCCAGAUUCUGAUGUUUUGGAAACUGUCUAACAUGAAACAACCUUCAUUAAAUCACAUUAUCUUUAUCAUUA